CAUCUGAAUGCAUCGCGCGCCUUCAUUUAUAAAUUUGGGUCAAUAGUCUGGUUCCCGAUCCCCACAUCAACCCAGGUGUCGAGACGUUUUUAGGCGGGAACCAGUCUGGUGAGAACGAUCGGGGUGCGGUGAGACUAGACGAGGAUGCAUUCGUCACGCGAGUGUCCGUUAUUUUUUCCUGUCAUGCCUUGUAAAGUCGAUGGAACGGAUUCAGACAAAUAAUUAGGCCUUCAAACUUGUUUGAUUUGCUCAUCUGGACGUCCUCAAAUCACCGUAGGUCAAAAGCAUGAAUGCAGAUUUAGGAUGCAGCACUGGAAUGACACUUCAAAGCUGUAAGCCAGUACUCUGCAUUGAUGAUGUCAAGACUCUACUUUGUCAACGGUAUGGCAUUGAGACCGCCGACGUGAAGGAGUUCGAGAGCUAUGACGAUCGGACCUACUACGUGAAGACCAAACUGGGCUGCGGGAUAGGCGAGGGGUCAGAGUUCAUCGCCAAGGUUCUGAACUCCCAGAACACGGCCCUGCAGGGCGUGGUAGCCACACAUACAGAUGUCAUGAACCAUCUAAAGUCCUUCCCAGAGCUGUGCUGCCAGUUUGCUUUGCCCAACUUGGAUGGCGACCUGCUCAGCUAUGAGAUAAUACCAAAUGACAUGCGGGAUGGGGAUAGGUUAAUCGGCAGAGAGGAAGGAUUGUCUGCUCUGCGUCUUUUCGACUUUAUGCCAGGCAAACCACUGAAUACUUUUUCACCACUGUCGCCGAGAUUCUGUUUUGAGGCUGGAGUUCACCUUGGAAAACUGCAGCAAGCUCUCCAGGAGUACCCUGGGGACACGAAGCCCCUGAAGUUAAAAGCAUCGGUGUGGCAGUGGAAUGUGUCGCUGCUUCCCAGACUGAGAAAUCUUCUACCACUCGUUGUGGAUAUCCAGAAACGACGGCUGGUGGAGGAGGUUAUCGAUAAGUUUGAGGCAACCGUGGUGCCCUCCAUGGCUGACCUGAGGCAAGGUAUCCUCUACAACGACUUCAACGGGGACAAUGUGCUGGUCAUUGCUGCAGCUGCGGAGACCGGUGAUUGCAGUGGUACCAACUGUUUGAUGACCAAUAGCAUUGUCCGGAUAUCUGGCGUGAUUGACUUCGAUGACAUCUUACAUGCCUACCUUGUUUAUGAAAUAGCCAUCGGCAUGAUGUACAUGAUGUUUUGUAGCGAUGAACCAGUCGCAGCAGCUGCGUACAUGCUCACCGGGUUUGAGACAGUCUCCCCGCUACCUCACAACGAGCGCCAACUGUUGCGAGUUUUGGUCGGCAGUCGCCUCGCCCAGUCGCUCUUGAUCUCCACGCUACAGACCAAGAACCACCCCGACAAUAAAUACGUGGCCAGCUCCCUCAUCAAGGGGUGGAGCCUGCUGGAGGAAUGGUGGGGCAGAACCGAGGCCCAACUGCAGGAAUUGUGGGAUAGCGUUAGGGUAAGAUGCACCGGACAGCUUUAGAACUUCGGAGUUUGGUUCUUUGGAUGAACUUUCCGAAGAAGUGUCCCCCUCAUAUCACAGCAAAACCUGAAAGUAUUUGUGUUUUUUGCUCUGAUUUAUACAAGGUUUGGGGAUUCUCAAAAGUUUGUGGAAAGAUAGACAAGAGCACUUGCUUCUACGUGUCUAUUUGGGAAACACUUUGAAAACAGUACCUGUACUUCCUAAUUUAUUAAUUUUUAAGGUUCUACUUCACUUACAGGGUUAUCCAAAACUUCACAUAAAAACCACAAAACCUCUUGGGAACGAAUAGCCAGCGGCAAACAAAAUGGGUAAAUAGUUACUUGUACAUGUAGUUCACUGGGCAUUUAUGUAUGGCGGGUUUCAGCCAAUCGUAACUUAGUGCGUUGGAGUUUUGAAAGUGAGGCAAAAGAGACGGGAAGGGGAUUCAGUCAAAACUACCUGGAAUAACAGUACGCAGAAGUGGACAACAGAUUUGACUCGGGGGGGGGGCCUUUGACUACCCGAGAAAUUGCCUUGCAGAUGAGGUUUGAUGGUCUGUGUAAAAACAGGUGGGCAGAGGCGCACUAGAAGAUGAAUCCUGUUUAGAAUUGCAUUCAUCACAUUGUGUGAUAUCUUCAGGGAUUUAAGCUUCUGCUUUUGACUGUGUAAAUGAGCCAACUGCCUGUAGAUAAUUUUUUUGUUUUGCUUUUUUUUUAUUUUAAUAAACUCCUCCUGUACAGUCGCCGUGCAGUCACUUCUUCAAUGAAACCCCCAAAAUCUAUGAACAAAACCGAUCUCAACAUUUCCAUUUUCAUUCCUGAGAUGUAUCACCAAAGACUUAACCUUUAGUUUGCUUUGAGGAAAUCUGUCAGUUCAAGUUCAGUGUGACCAAUAUUUGUUUUGUUUUUGUUUUUUGUACCAAAUUUGCAAACUUGAUGUUUCACCCCAACAAUACUGUCCUCUGUAGUGUGCUUGGGUGCUUGGUUUAACCAGCACCUGUUAAUGCUGCACAUAACUAGGAACCAGACAGGUGACAGUGAAGUGAUUUGAAGGUUGCCAGAAUAGUGCAAAUGUGCCUCAUUUUUACUUCCAGGAGUUUUCCAUAUUGGUUCUUUGUAUGAAUGCCUGAGAAAGCAUGUUCAUUUCAGGUGAACAAAAACUUGCUAUAAUGUAACAGAGCUGAGCGUGUCUUUCAGUUUUCUUCCCCUAUUUGCCAUGAAAUACCAUUUAGUUUUGUCUGAGUGGAAAACCCUUUCUUGUCGUGUCCCUCAGGGCACAAAACUUGGCCCUAUGAUAUUUUUGGCAGUUAUCAAUAAUGCUGCUGAAGGAUAUGAUUACGUCUCAUAUGUAGAUGCAUCUAAUUCAUGAGGCCUCCAAUCUUUGGAAGACAGAAGACAUCAUCUCUGCUCCCAGUUCACUAAUAAAUGUAUAAAAUCCAACAGAUAUGCAAAUGGGUUUCCCCAAAAUAUCAGUGCCCACAGUAUGUCUCUCAGAAAUUCCAAUAAUUACCAGAUCCCUCAUUACAAAACCAACAGAUAUGGUGACUGUGCAAUACCCUUUCUGUCAAAGCUUCUUAAUCAAAUUACCUAACAAACUUUUUUAUGGACUCUUGUGUAGUUUUGUGUUUUUCCUUUUGUUUUUACUAUUUUUUUCAUAUUUUGUGAUUUUUAUUUGUAAUUUUGUAUGAAUGUAAAAACCAUAUAAAUGCUGCGCAUUGGUUGAAUAAAUAUGAAUGUGAAUAUAAAUGAUACCUUGGGGUACUUGGCUUAGCCCAGUGCAGAUUGAAUAUGAUGAUGUGAAAGAUUUGUAGUGAACUUGUAGCUUAGUUGGAAUAAUACAUUCAGCCUUUAUGAAUUUGCUGCAUUAUGUUUGUGUAAAAGUUAUGGAUUUAUGUUUGUAACAUUUUAUGUAAAAUUGAAUUCUACCUUUACUCGUAUAUUUUGUAUCAGUUGAGUUCAUACUGGUAUUUCUAAAAUAUUCCUCUUUGUUUUUGGUGGUGAAAGACAUUUCUAUACUUCAUUUCCCAGAUCUGCUCUAUCCUGGCAAAAAUGUUUCUGGUUUCCAUUUGAAUGAUUAGACAUAACAUCCAUUGCCUCCUGAUAUAAUUUUUUGAUUUAGUUUUGUUACAUUCCCAAGAAGUACAAACUAAAACAGUUGUGUGAUAAUUCAGGAUUUGAAUUCAGAGCAUAAAGUUGGCAAUUUUGAAAUUGGAGGGGUUUACAAGCAGCAUAAAGAGUGACUUUUGGUACAAUAAAAUAGCGUCACCACUCCAUUUUGCUUAUUUUCAAUAAGCCAACAGUAUUGUGUAACUUAUUUGUACGUGUAUAUUGGAACUAGCAUUGAUUGUUCUAAAUAGUUGUCCAAAGGUUAUUUGCAUGAUAUGAUAGCAGCUGAUAAUAGUUUAUUGAAAUUUGUUUCUUAUCUAGCAGCUUCUUACUAUAUGUAUGCCAUUUUUUGCCCUUGGGAGUUGCAGCAGAGCCUUACUUUUUUUUCUGUUGCUUCCAAUUUAUCAAAUUGUCAGAGUUUCUCAAUUCUGCCACUCAACGUUUCAUUUGUCUCUUUGCCACUUUAAUUUUGUAUACAUGUAUGUUUCAAAUAAUUUCUUGCAGCUAUAAAAGAAAUGUGUGUGACUCUGGAAAGCAAUAAAAAAGCUAUUUUGACAAAAUAAUUAAAACAA